CGCCGUAAUAAUAAGGGAGCAAUUUUCCUACUAUGUUAAGAGCACUCGAAGCUCCGAACACAUUUGUCUGAACAGCGAAACUCCAACACAGCAAUCGAGCAAUGUGGAGGAAACCAUUGGCAGCUGCAACCGGCAGGGCACUGCGCCAUCCAUGGCGCACCACCACAUUCCGCCAAUCAACCACCGCCUCCUCUGCCGUCAACUCCCUUCUACUCCGCUCCCUCAAAGACCACUAUCUCGAAGUCUCUAGAAUGUCCCCUCCUGCUAAGGUGAGCCCUCCCGCGCCGUUCACGGUUGUGAAGGGAUCGCUGGACGGAAACGGUCCGGUCCUCAAGCGGAGCUACGGCAACGACGAGGAAAUCAACGUUUCGGUGAUGCGAUUGGCGAACAUAGUCCCCGGUGGCGGUGGUGAGGACGAUGGCGAUGACAGCAUUAACCAGUUGUUUGUUCACGUGGACGUGUCGAAGCCCGGGCAGCCGGAGCAUGUGCACUUUCUGUGCGGGUUGUACCCGGACGCGCUCGGGAUUCACUCCAUUUCAAUGCGGCCCAAGGCCGAGAACUCGGGGUUCCUUGUCGUUCCGAAUCAGUACGCUGGGCCGGUUUUUCAAGAUCUUGAUGAAAGUAUGAGAGAUGCCCUUCACAGUUACAUAGAAGAGCGUGGAAUAAAUGAGAGUCUCUUUCCGUUUCUUCAAGCAUGGCUUUAUGUGAAGGAUCACCGGAAUCUCAUGCAUUGGUUCAAAUCAGUUGGCACGUUCAUUCAUGAAAACAAGGCAGCUAAAGACAGUUAACAUAAAAUGGUUUCCACACCAAGUUAGUCAUGUCAUGUGUCUCCUAUUUGUUUAACUGGCACAUGCUAAUAUUUUAGUGAAACAGUUUUGUAAGACAGUUCAGGCACAUGUUAAUAUUGUUCCUUUUGUUUCUGAAUUAUAAUUUUAUAUAUUUAAUUAGCCUAUAUUACAAAUUCACAUGUGAAUUAUUUUUCUUCCUUUUCGCAAAUAUUAAUGUCAAUUUGCAGUGUAUAAUUGGUGCC